GUAAAAUGAGUUUAAACUUUCACUUCACUUCUGUACUUCUUGUUCUAUAUACCACGUGGAGUGUAAAGAAUUUCGAGAAAAAUAGCUUGAACUUUUGUUCUGAUUAAGUCCCUAGACUAUUUAUAAGAGGCAAAGUACUUGUUUUAAUUUGACUCCUGCUGAUUCAACAGGUGACCAAAAGGGGAAUAUAAAAAUGAAGGUUCACGAGACUCGAUCUCAAGCGCAUGCAGCAAGUGAAGAGAAAAAAGUGACGAGGAAACAAAAGGCAGAGAGCAAGAGCCAAGACUCUGCCUCACCCAAAAAGUUAAAAACUGAAGAAGAUGCUGGCCCGGAAGAUGGAAAAUCGAUGGCCGAUAUUAAAGCCAAGUUUGAGAAGUUCUGUAAGACUAUAAUCGAGCAUCUCUCAGUCAAGCAAAUGCGUGAAAUCCUUGAAGCAAAUGGCCAGCAUUCCGCUGGUGACGAUGAUGCUGUUGUUCCUAGAUGUCAAGACAUAAUGUUCUUUGGGCCGCUGGAAAAUUGUCCCAUUUGUGGUGGCAAGUUGGAAUGUGCUGGCGACAGUUAUCACUGUGUUGGAGAUUAUAGCGAGUGGUCGAGUUGUAUUUACAGCACUAGGGAACCACCAAGAAGAGACGAGUCUCUCAAACUCCCUAAAUCUGUUGAAAGUACUCCGAUCUCCGAUCUGAUCAAGAUAUGUGGAGACCCCAAAAAGAGCCGUCCCCGAAGGGAAAUAUCUGCCCCAAGAAAGCCAUUUGAUGGAAUGAUGAUAUCUCUAGCUGGUCGUCUCACUCGAACCCAUCAAUACUGGAAAUCGAAAAUUGAGAAAUAUGGUGGAAAAGUGAACAACUCUAUCACUGGGGUGUCUUGCCUAGUAGUUUCUCCAGCUGAGCGAGAUCGCGGUGGCUCAUAUAAAGUAGCUGAAGCCGUGGAGAAGGGUAUACCCGUGGUGAGGGAGGCUUGGUUGAGUGAUAGUAUUGAAAAGGAACAAGCCCAGCCUUUAGAUGCAUACGACAUUGCCAGUGACAUUGCGGUAGAAGGUAGAGGUAUUCCCCUUGAUAAGAUGGAUCCGAGUGCGGAGGCACUCGAAACCAUAACAUCUGAGCUUAAAGUGUUUGGAAAAAGAGGGGUGCACAAAGACACGAAGAUGCAGGAUGAAGGCGCAAGAAUAUUGGAGAAAGAUGGGCUAUUGUAUAAUUGUGCAUUGUCUGUUUGCAAUCAAAAGAACAAACUCAACAACUUCUGUAUUAUGCAACUCAUCAUGUCACCGGAGAAUCGUUUGCAUAUGUACUAUAGAAAGGGAAAAAUCAGUGAUAACAUAAGAGCGGACGACAAGCUAGAGGAGUGGGAAAAUGUUGAUGAUGCAAUUAAGGAGUUUGCUAGGCUCUUUGAAGAGCUGACCGGAAAUAAGUUUGAAUCCUGGGAAAGGGAAAAGAAGAUUCAGAAGAAACAUCACAAGUUUUUCCCUAUCGAUAUCGAUGAUGGAGUAGAGGUUAGGCAUGGAGCGCUCGGACUAAGGCAACUUGGUUCUGCCGCUGCACAUAGUAAGCUUGAUCCCGCGGUAGCAAAUUUCAUGAAAGUCCUUUGUAGUCAGGAGAUCUACAGGUAUGCUUUAAUGGAGCUGGGACAUGAUUCACCGGAAAUUCCUACAGGGAUGCUUACAGAUCUUCAUUUGAGAAGAUGUGAAGAAAUUAUCCUGCAUUUCGUGGAGAAAGUAAAAACAAUGAAGGAGACAGGACAGGCAGCAGAGGGUGUUUGGUAUGAGUUCAGUCAAAGAUGGUUCACACUCUUGCCGUCUACAAGGCCUUUUACUUUUAGGGACUAUGCUGAUCUUGCUGAGCAUGCUGCAUCCGCCUAUGAAACUGUUCGGGACAUCAAUGUUGCCUCGCGUAUUAUAGAAGACAUGUCUGGCUCUACGCUUGAUGAUCCUCUCUUUGAGCGUUACAAGAAACUAGGCUGUUCUGUUUCUCCCUUGGAGAAAGAAUCAGAUGACUACAAAAUGAUAUCGAACUACUUGGAGAAAACUUACGAGCCGGUUAGAGUUGGAGAUAUGAGCUAUGGGGCAUCAGUUGAGAAUAUAUUUGCUGUUGAACUUAGCGCUUGCCCUUCCCUUGAUGAGAUCAAGAAAUUGCCAAACAAAGCUCUUCUUUGGUGUGGUACAAGGAGUUCAAAUCUUUUGAGGCACUUGCAGAAAGGUUUCUUGCCUUCAGUUUGUUCACUUCCCGUGUCGGGAUACAUGUUUGGAAGAGCCAUCGUUUGCUCGGAUGCUGCAGCAGAAGCAGCAAGAUUUGGUUUCACAGCUGUAGACAGGCCGGAAGGUUUCUUGGUAUUAGCAGUUGCUUCGCUAGGAGAAGCAGUUAAAGAGUUUUCGAGUCCUCCUGAGCAGGAUACUGGAGACUUGGAAGAGAAGAAAAUUGGAGUAAAAGGACUUGGAAGGAAGAAGACCGAUGAGAACGAGCAUUUUGUCUGGAAGGAUGAUAUUAAAGUACCUUGUGGUAAGCUGAUUCCGUCGGAGCACAAGGAUAGCGUCCUCGAGUACAAUGAAUAUGCUGUCUAUGACCCAAAACAGGUGAGCAUAAGGUACUUGGUGGCAGUGAAGUUUGACGAGCAAGGUGUAGUAUGUGAUACAACUCCCGAGCAAUAGUGGAAAAUGGACCAGACGAGUGUUGUGCAUGACUGCAUGCCAUAUUUUGCCUCUUCUCCUAUGCUACCACAAGGGACUUUAGUGGUUUUUGUUUUUGGUAAGGAAGGAAAAUGACUUUGUUUUGUAGAUGAUGUACGUAGUUCCCUUAUGUGGUAGAUGUUAACCUCGUUUUGUGUAUGAUGUACAUAGUUCUCUUAUGUUGUAGAUGUUAAGCUGUUCCCUUUUCUUUUA